AGAUGCCUGACGGUCUGUUCUGAGGAGCGGGUAGCAGCGCGAUGGAGCAGGCCAGGGACCGCUUACACCUGAGACGGACUACAGAACAGCACGUGCCAGAGGUCGAAGUCCAAGUCAAACGUAGGAGGACAGCCUCACUGAGCAACCAAGAGUGUCAGCUGUACCCAAGGAGAUCUCAGCAGCAGCAAGUACCUGUGGUGGAUUUCCAGGCGGAACUGAGACAGGCAUUCUCAGCUGAGACACCGAGAGGUGGUUAAAGCAGUUAUUGGAACAUCCAGGUA